UACAUUUCCCUUUCCACUGCACAAACCUGGCUAUAUCCAUUCACACACACCAACAUUAAUCUCACUUUGUCAUUGUGAGAGCCCUAGUCAUUUUUCUACUACUUAUUAUUUUCUUUUUUUCGAUUUAGGUUAAGAAUCUAUCGAUUUUAGGUGAAGGAUCAGUUAAGGGAUAAGAUGGAUGAAGAGUACGAUGUAAUAGUGCUUGGGACGGGUCUCAAGGAAUGCAUUCUUAGCGGUCUCCUCUCUGUUGAUGGCCUUAAGGUCCUGCACAUGGAUAGGAAUGACUAUUAUGGUGGAGAAUCAACUUCACUUAAUCUUAUUCAGCUCUGGAAGAGGUUUAGAGGAAGUGAUAAGCCUCCAGCUCAAUUGGGUUCUAGCAGAGAUUAUAACGUUGACAUGAUUCCAAAGUUUAUUAUGGCAAAUGGUGCUCUAGUUCGAGUCCUCAUUCAUACUGAUGUUACUAAAUAUUUGUACUUCAAAGCCGUUGAUGGCAGCUUUGUGUACAACAAAGGAAAGAUUCACAAGGUGCCAGCUACUGACAUGGAGGCCCUCAAAUCCCCCCUCAUGGGUAUUUUUGAAAAGCGCCGUGCUCGAAAAUUCUUCAUAUAUGUCCAAGACUACAACGAAAGUGAACCUAAAACACACGAAGGGAUGGAUUUGACAAGAGUCACGACUAGAGAGCUCAUUGCAAAGUAUGGCCUUGAUGACAACACUGUGGACUUCAUUGGUCAUGCAUUGGCUCUCCAUAGAGAUGACUGCUACUUAGAUGAACCAGCGCUAGAUACUGUGAAGAGGAUGAAGCUUUAUGCUGAGUCUGUAGCACGUUUUGCUGGAGGAUCACCAUACAUCUAUCCUUUAUAUGGCCUGGGGGAGCUUCCCCAGGCAUUUGCUCGUCUUAGUGCCGUGUAUGGUGGGACCUACAUGUUGAAUAAGCCUGAGUGCAAGGUAGAGUUUGACGAGGAAGGAAAGGUGAUUGGUGUGACGUCGGAGGGGGAAACUGCUAAGUGCAAGAAAGUUGUAUGUGAUCCUUCCUACCUACCUAACAAGGUUAGGAAGGUUGGUAAAGUUGCCAGAGCCAUUGCAAUCAUGAGCCACCCAAUUCCAAAUACCAACGAUUCUCACUCAGCACAGGUUAUUCUGCCUCAGAAGCAGUUGGGUCGCAAAUCAGAUAUGUAUCUGUUUUGUUGCUCUUAUUCUCACAAUGUUGCUCCAAAAGGGAAAUUCAUUGCAUUUGUCUCGACAGAAGCAGAAACUGAUCACCCUGAGACUGAACUGAAGCCAGGAAUUGAUCUUCUUGGACCUGUUGAUGAGAUCUUCUUUGAGACUUAUGACAGAUAUGAACCAGUCAAUGAACCCUCUCUGGACAAUUGCUUUAUAUCAACAAGUUAUGAUGCCACAACUCACUUUGAGUCAACUGUGGUGGAUGUUCUGAAUAUGUAUACCCUGAUUACUGGAAAGGUUCUUGAUCUUAAUGUGGAUUUAAGUGCUGCCAGUGCUGCGGAAGAGUGAAAACCUUGUUUGUUGUAGAACUUUUAUGUGUUGUGUGCUGCCAAAUUCUUAAGGAUGAGUGAAGUCAAAAGUCGUGUCUAAGUUUUACAUAGUUCCUCUGUCUAAAUUGUUGCUUUAAUGCUUGUUGGAAUCUUGUUCUGAGUUUUUCUUAUGCAUCUCUAGGAUUGAUUUCGAAUACAUAUAAGAGCAUCUUUAAAAGAUUCUUUAAACAUAAGAUGCUCUUUAUUUAAUAGAGUCAGCUAUUAAAAUUAUGCUUAAAA